GUGCUUGUAUUUGAUUCAUCAACAACGUAUACCAAAAAAUGGCAGAAGGUAAGCACUAUCGCUAUUGCAAAGCAUUAUUUGGCUUGCAAAAAAAUAAUCAUCAUAUACCUAAUAAUGGCAGGUUUAAACAAAGAUAUGGGGUUCAGAGGUUUGCUUUCAUACUUGAAUAAUAAGAUUUAUGUUGUUGUGAUGGGUCCGAACACCGAACUAAGAAUACAAGCACAAGCUGGAGGAAUAGCUAGGCUGUACUUUACAGACAACAACGGCAAUGGUACCCAAGCUCCAAACGGGUUCACCCUUACAGACGUUCAAGGAAAUGUUCUACCAUCUUUUCUGAUUAACGGAAGCUCGAGUUACUUUGUGACAUGGGCUAAUUCCUAUGAAAUGAGGAUGAAUGGUCAACGAUUUGGAGGAUUAACAACACAAAAACAAGCCAUCGAUCUGGAUAGAAAUUAUCAUCAUUAUGUCAUUUAA